ACUACUUUCUCUAGGGUUAGGCUAACUGUAGGCUCGAUUUUGGAAACUAAAUCGCACACUUCAUACAAUUGACAUGUAUUGGGGUAUAAGGAGAUUGUCAAUGCAAUUGCGUGUUAUAAGAAAAGAUGGCGAAGAUCACAUACCAAGUCACUAGAGUCUGUAUUGUCACCAAAUAUGGCUGGACAUGCUAUUUGUAUGGGCAGGAGUAUACUUGUCUUUUAUGAAUAUAUUUAUACAUCUGUGAUGAAGAUAUAUUAUAAUAUGUGUUAUAGUGUGCUAGACUCAAUUGCCAUGAAAAUUUACUGUGUUUGGGCAAAGACACAUUUUUUUAGUGUGUCGUGGCAAAUGUCACAUUUUUUAGUGUGUCUGGCAAAUGCCAUCGAAACCCUCGCUCGAUCGGUGGCCGCUUAUAUAUAGCCAGUCGUCUCCCGUUCCCCAUGUUGCCACCUGCUCGAUCCUUCAGAAAGCUGCUUCAGGCUGUACGUGCAGUGCUCUCCAUCAUACUACCAUGGGCAGCAAGUCGUCGGCCAUGGAGGGUCUAGUGCUGUGCCUAGUUGCGAUAUCCGUGCAAGUGCUAGUCGUCGCCGGCGUCCACCGCCGCCCACCGGCGCUGUACGUGUUCGGGGAUUCGAUCCUGGACGUCGGGAACAACAACUACCUGCCGGGGGAGGACGUCCCCAGGGCAAACAGACCCUACUACGGCAUCGACUUCCCCGGCAUGAUUCCCACCGGGAGGUUCAGCAAUGGCUACAACACAGCUGACUACCUCGCAAAGAGCAUGGGAUUCGUGGUCAGCCCCCCUCCUCAUCUGUCGCUGCCACCGACGACCUCCAGCCUUGUGGCCCUCACCGCCGGCGGCGUCAGCUACGCCUCCGCAAGCGCUGGCAUCCUCGACUCCACCAACGCCGGCAAGUGCGCCCCGUUGUCCAGGCUAGUGGAGUACUUCAACGCCACCAGGGCCAAGAUGGUCGCCGCGGUGGGCUCCGGCGCGGUGGACGCCCUGCUCCUCAAGUCCAUCUUCCUCCUCGGCGUCGGCAGCAACGACCUGUUCGUGUUCGCGGCCGCGCAGCAGUCGCGGAACAGGACGCCUGCGGAACGCCAGAGCGACGCCGCCGCGCUCCUCGCCGACCUCCUCUCCAACUACUCGGCCACCAUCACGGAUCUGCACGCGAUGGGCGCGAGGAAGUUCGCCAUCACCAACCUGGGCCUACUCGGGUGCGUGCCGGCGCUGCGGGCACUGGACCCGGCGGGCGCGUGCGUCGACGGCCUGAACCAGCUCGCCGCCGGCUUCAACGACGCGCUCCGGUCGCUGCUCGCCGGCCUCGCCCCCCGGCUGCCGGGCCUCGUCUACUCCCUCGCCGACUCCUUCUCCCUCACGCGAGACACCUUCGCGGACCCGCAGGCGUCGGGGUACACCGACAUCGCCGGCGCGUGCUGCGGCAGCGGGCGGCUGCUCGCCGAGGGGGACUGCCUGCCCAACUCGACGGUCUGCUCCAGCCGCGACCAGCAUGUCUUCUGGGACCGCUACCACCCUUCCCAGCGGGCCUCUCUUCUCACGGCCCAGGCAUUCUACGACGGGCCGGCCCAGUACACCACACCAAUCAACUUCAUGCAACUGGCCCAGUCCAGUUAAUACAUGCAUGACUUGUUGUCUAGUCUAGUAGUAAUUCUUGUCUACUCCAUCUGUCCUGAAAUGUAAGUCAUUCUGGUAUUUACCAGAUUUAUUGAACAUUUUCUGAAUCUAGACAAACUAUAUGUCCAGAUUUAUUGAACAUUCUAUGAAUUUGGACACAGUAAAACACUCUCAGGAUG